AUGAAGAUUAUCAAGAACCACAGCGAGGACAUGUCAUCUUCAUCCAGUAUGCGCACCCAUGAUGUGUAUUUCAUCCCCAGCGGGGACGUUGUCUUUUUGGUGGAGAACAGAAUGUUCAAGGUCCAUAGCUACUUCUUCUCGCGCGAAUCUGUCUACUUCUACAAUCUGCUUCGAGGACAACCCUAUAGAGAUCCCAUAGCGGGAUUGCCACACAUCUCGUACUUCAAGGUGGAUACCGCUAGCGCAGCUGAGUUUACUCAGUUCCUCUGGGUGUUUUAUGAUCCAGCUUACAAACGCGAGACCACGGUCCCGCAUUGGUCCGUGAUUCUCAAGUUCGCAAAGUGUUGGGGCUUUGCAAAUAUCGAAGCGCUGGCCAUUUACGAGCUUGAGAAACGGGACAUCGAACCCAUCGAGAAAAUCUCCUUAUACAACAUCCAUAACUUAUCUUCUGGCAUGCUUCUGCCAUCCUAUGUGGCCCUCGUCCGCCGUCAAGCGAGUCUUACAGCAGAGGAGGGAGAGAAGCUUGGCCUCGAAGUUGUUAUCAAGGUCGGGCACAUGCGUGAAGACGUGAUGAAGAUGUCCAUCGAGAAAGGUAAGUGGGCAACGGAGGGUUCGACGCUCGAGGAGAGCGAAGUCGUGACGGUGAUUAAACAAAUUCUAUCUCCGCCCGAUGAUACUGCGCACCGACCCGAGUUCCAACCUGCCAGGCAGUGUCAGUAG